UGCAUCUGAAGAAAAAAAAAUAGUUUUACAGUGCAACGGAACAACUCGACGCCCAAUAUGUUCGUCUCAAGUUCACCUUUCCUGCUGUUUUGCGUCUCUUAUGCAAUUUGCUUGCUGACAUCAGCGAAUGGAGUUAAGUGGCCGACGAGCGAAGAAGAGGCUCUCGAUGAGAGGAAUGACUUUGAAAUUCUCAAAGCUGUCCAGCAAUCAAUGCACGACUGGAGGAUGAAGACACACCACAAGCAUCACCGGCGAAAACGCGAAGAGAAACGCGUUUGCUACGGAGAUUUGGGCUGCUUUGAGGAUUCUGGUCCAUUCGGAUAUCUGGACAUGCUGCCUGCGUCUCCGGAGGAGAUUGACACUAAGUUUUACUUCUAUUCCACGAAAAACAGAGGCGAUCGUCCGCUCGUGGAGUUUUCGUACUUCAACAUCUCCGCCGCCGUGGGAACCGAUGACCAUCCGACGGGUGAAACCACCACUGCCCUGAACGAGUCGAAUGGAACGACCAUCGCUCCGACGAACUCCCCGGAGGCUUCUCUUCGGCGGUCAUUGGACAGCCUCGAGGGCCUGGAGAUUCUCUCGGCGCGCGUGAUUGUGCACGGUUUCGGCUCCAGCUGUCCUCAUGUGUGGAUCUAUGAGAUGCGUACUGCCCUCAUGGCCGUGGAGGACUGCAUAGUGAUCUGCGUGGAUUGGGAGAAGGGCGCAUCGCUGCCCAACUACGUGAAAGCGUCGGCCAACACGAGACUCGUGGGGAAGCAAUUGGCUCAACUUCUGGCCGCUCUGGAGAAGCAUCGUGGUCUGCAAAUGUCUCGAGUGCACGUCAUAGGCUUCAGCUUGGGCGCACAUGUGGCGGGAUUUGCAGGAGCCGAUCUGCCUGGACUAAGCAGAAUCACAGGACUAGAUCCGGCGGGACCGCUCUUUGAGUCGCAACACCCUAAAGCUCGCCUCGACAGCAGCGAUGCGAACUUCGUUGACGUCAUCCAUUCUAAUGGAGAGAAUCUGAUCCUGGGCGGUUUGGGAUCCUGGCAACCAAUGGGUCACGUGGACUUCUAUCCCAAUGGAGGCCGAGUUCAGCACGGAUGCUCGAAUUUGUUUGUCGGAGCGGUGACUGACUUCAUUUGGUCUCCAGCUGCUUCUGUGGAGGGAAGAUCUCUAUGCAAUCACAGGAGAGCGUACAAAUUCUUCAUAGACUCCGUGGCGCCACGAUGUUUGUUUCCAGCCUUCCCUUGUGGCAGCUAUGAUGAGUUCUUGCAGGGCAAAUGCUUCCCGUGCAAGCAAUCCUCAAAUUCAACAGGGAUCUCUGCAGAUGCUAGAUGUGGCAACAUGGGAUACUAUGCCGAUCGGUCCACAGGGAGAGGGCAACUGUAUCUGGUGACCCGAGAGGAGGAACCGUUUUGCGCUCAUCAGUACAAUAUUGAGAUUUUCAGCGCCCUAAGUGAACUUCCUCUGCGAUCUCUCGGCCGUUGGGAAGUGACUCUGAUCGGAGAAGGAGGUCUCAAUGAGACUUUCACCAUCACAGAAAAAGACGAUACAGAAUUCUUCGCUGGGGAGAGGUUUUCGCGUAUUCUUGUGCCACAUCCAGCUCUGGGCUUUCCCACUGACAUAGCACUCACUUACAAAUCCUACAGUGGAUGGCUAUCUCGGGGACUGCCCGUGUGGAAUAUUUAUAAAGUCAUCUUGACGGACAGCUUUGGCCGUAGCUACUCUAUCUGCAAGCGCUUCUUCACUCUCGAGUCGGGAAAGCCAGAGCUGCUGGCACUCCUGCCCGGUGAUUGUCACAUUCCCGAGGAGAUUGAUCUGGAGGAGGGUCCUCUCGAUCGGAUUGAUGACAAGAAGAGUGAGGAAAAUGAGGUAAAUCAUGCGUAUGGAGUCUAUGAUGAUCAAGAUUUGCGCUUCGCGCGUGAUGACAGGGAGAACAGUGUGAAUCCCAAGUGGCAACAUGUGGAGGGGAAUGGCCUUGAGAGUGGAUCUGGUACAGAAUCGAGUCGUGGAUUCCCUGAGGAGAUUGUCACAACGCACAAUCCACCGGAGAUUUUUGAGCCAAUCCUCAAGGCGAAGAGACAAAAGAGUGGAAAGGGUCGGAGAUUCGACACGGAGGCAUCGGCUGAUGAGAUUCUGGAGCCUGUUCUGCGCUCAACAACACCCAGGAUUCGGAAUAAGUCUCAGGAGGACGCGCGAUCUGCUGGCGAGAAGAGAAAGUCCAGAGAUGGUAAUUUCCUCACUGUGCAGCUCUUUCCAUUUCGUCUGGGGGAGAUUUUGGAGAGAGCUGAGCGCUACGCUAGACUUACUCUCUUGCCACUGAUCAGCGAAACUGCUCCGAGGUUCUUCAACUUUGCCGCCCAGAAGGAUGACCGGAAGCCCAAGUACCUCACCGAGGAGGAGUUCAAACAAGCUGAGAUUGCUGAUGCUGUGACUAAGAAUCUCAUGAACACCACCACUGUGGCGCCGAUUAAUGUGACGGCCAAGGAAGAGAGUCCCUUGACACAUGCGGAAGUGGAGAACGCCUCAAGUCCCAGAAAUCUGUAUGAACCCAUGCGAGAUGAGUCCAGCAAUGAUUCACGUGUCAUUCAACCUCGAUCCGCCUCUGACAGCAAGUACUAUACAAAUCUGCAGGAUGUCGUGCCACCGAGUACUCUGCCGGAAGUGAUUAAGAAGGAUCAGUCAAAAGAUGAGAAUGUGAUCCGCAUCGAUUUGCCCACAUAUCGCCCACCUUCUGUUGACUUUCCCUACAACUUUGAGCUGCCCACCGCGUCGGAGGAGGACGUGGAGGUGCCUCUGGUCACAGAGAGUGCUGAAGAAGUCCAUCACAAUGCCGGCAGCAAGUUCAUCCCCCUCACUUUUGCCCACAGUGCCGACAGAGAGUGACGACAAGAAAGGCGCUCUCUGAGUUUGUUAUCUAGUCGGGGAGUAGAAUCCCUCCAAAUUCCCUCAAUCUCUCAAACCCCAUUUCCUCUCCCUCCCCCUAAUCUCACACUGUCUCCCUUCUUUACGUGGAGGUUCUUCUAGUGGGACUUGGUGUCGUUGUCGUUAGUUUAUGGCUAAUUUUUCGUUUUAAUUUAUUGUUUUCCCCAUUUCCCUUAGUUUUACGGUGGUGCUUUUCUCAGUUAGAUGAGUUUUGCUCUCUUGUAGUUUGUACAAUUUUACAUUUAUAGUUUCAAUAAAGAAAUUUCAACGUUUUGUUGUUUUUUACACCAAGUGUCGUUAUUUCGAAUGUGCAUG